UUUAUUGGGGACGGACCGAACUCCGGGAGACGCCCGCGAGGAGGCACUGCCCCGAGCGGGGACUCCGCGGUCCCGAGGGAGUGGCGGGGGAUCCCCGGCCGCGGCUCAGCCCCGGAUCGGGACACUCCAGCUCCGCGAAGCCCUUCGUGGCAGCAGAACACAUAAUGCCAGUGCGACUUCACAUGCAAGCAGAUGUCCUGAUACAUCAAUGGCAAAACUCAAACCAGGUUUCUCCUCUUUCAACACGUCAGCCUGCAUGUUGUUUCAGUGAAGUCUGCAAGACCAUUCCUCAAAGCUGAAGAUGAGUUUAACAGAAUUAUUUGUAAGUCUGUGGAUACAGCAGUGUGAAUGUUGGUAUUUCUGCCAUACUCAGUGUAGCUGUACCAGCUGGCUCUCCUGCUAUGGGCAGAUGUUAUACCACCAGAUGCAUGAUUCUACCAAUACAGCCAGUCAUGGUUCUAUGAGGAAUAAUCAAACUGUACUGAUAGAACCCGUAUGUAUUUCUUCACCAAUGAAGAAAUCCUGGUGUAAGCAUAGUCACAGUUGGUCAUGAAGAGCAAGAGGAAAGACAGAUGAUCACCAGACAGGAUGAAUGGAAGAUUUGUGUUUGAAUGAAAGAAUUUGUGUCAUCUAUUUAUACUUCUUAUCCCUUCAAGGAAAGGAAGUCUCGCCACGCAAUCAACGAGAGCACGGCGUGGAGGCUCCGAUGCCUUGCUUCCUAAUUCGAGAACGUUGAACAGAAAAUGCAAGAAUAACCACUCAUCCUCCGUUGGGCCGAACACGGAGACAGCGGCAGGCUUCCUUUGGGAGUUCGAGCCCAGUUGGCUCUUUAUCAUCUGAAGAUCAUGACUUUGAUCCUUCUGCUGAAAUGCUGGUACAUGAUUAUGAUGAUGAGCGAACUCUUGAAGAAGAGGAAAUGAUGGAAGAAAGUAAAAAUUUCGGUUCUGAAAUUGAAGAUUUAGAAAAGGAAGGAAACAUGCCGUUGGAAGAUUUGCUGGCAUUUUAUGGCUAUGAACCGACAAUUCCAGUUAUGGCAGGUUCCAGUGCAGAUAGCUCUCCAAGUGAACUUGCAGAUGAACUUCCAGAUAUGACUCUAGAUAAAGAAGAAAUAGCUAAAGACCUCUUGUCAGGUGAUGAUGAAGAAACACAGUCCUCUGCUGAUGACUUGACACCAUCGGUUACUUCACAUGAGGCUACUGACUUCUUUCCUCGGCCACUGCGAUCAAACACUACUUGUGAUGGAGAUAAAGAAUCAGAUGGUGAAGAUGUGGAAGCAGACAAUGGUAACUCAUCUGAAGAUCUGAGAAAGGAAAUAAUGAUUGGUUCACAGUAUCAGGCUGAAAUUCCACCUUACCUUGGCAGACACAAUGAUAAUGAGAAAGCAGCAUAUGAAAAUGAAGACCAUUUACUUUGGAAACCUGAUGUGAUCUCAGAAAGUAAAGUUAAAGAAUACCUUUUUGAAACCUCCUUAAGAACAGGAAAUGAAAAAUUAAUUGGCAGAAUUCCUGAAGGACUACAUACACGAGACAACGAACAAGCAUUGUAUGAACUUCUCAAGAGUAGCCAUAAUGUUAAGGAAGCAAUUGAGAGAUACUGUUCAAACGGAAAGGCAUCUCAGGAAGAGAUGACAGCAUGGACAGAAGAAGAAUGCAGAAGUUUUGAACAUGCACUCCUGAUUUAUGGUAAAGACUUUCAUCUCAUCCAAAAAAACAAGGUAAGAACCAGAACGGUUGCUGAGUGUGUGGCUUUCUAUUACAUGUGGAAAAAGUCGGAACGUUACGAUUACUUUGCUCAGCAAACAAGAUUUGGAAAGAAGAGAUAUAACCAUCAUCCAGGAGUUACAGAUUACAUGGAUCGUUUGGUAGAUGAAGCAGAAGCCCAUGGUGGAGCAGUGCAUUCUUCAGCCCUAACAUCUAAUAGUCGAACAGAAGCCAUUCCUGAUCAACAGCUAAGCAUUCUGAACUCCAUUACUGCCAAUGAGCUGACAGCACUGACAAAUAGUGUAGCAACAGUCUGCCACACUUCAGAUGUGAACUGCCUGGAUGAUGCUUUUCCUUCUAUGGACAGCUUACCUCGAGCACCAGUUAAUCACGUGCCUGUUGGAACAGAAGAACUGCUUAACUUGCCAAGCAAUGGUGAAAGCGAUUGUUUUAAUUUAUUUGAGACUGGUUUUUAUCAUUCAGAGCUAAACCCAAUGAACAUGUGCAGUGAAGAGACAGAAAGACCUGCGAAGAGAUUGAAAAUGGGAAUGGCUGUCCCAGAUUCUUUCAUGAAUGAUGUCUCUGUAAAUAACCUUGGUGUGGACUUUGAAAACCACACACAUCAUAUUACCAGUGCCAAAAUGGCUGUUUCAGUGGCUGACUUCAGCAGUCUAUCUUCAAAUGAGACAAAUGGUUUUAUCAACACCCACACUCUUCACCAACACACCGCCCUUCAUUCAGAGUGACUGUGGAAAAUGAAACAAACAGUGGGUACAUUAUGCAGUAGUAGUAAACUUGAUGGGAGCUAUCAGGUUUGCUUAGUCUUUCACUGGAAGUUUGAACUUUAUGACAUCAGUGAUGUCUUUGUAUGUAUAGAACUAUAUCUUGAUUUAUCAAGAGUAAUUUCUUUUUUCAGUCCAUAAAUGUGGAAAUGUCGUAUGAUAUUUGGCAGAGUUUGGGACUAAGAGAACUCUGUGGUGCAGCUUUAAGCUCUGCUUCAAUUUUAUUUUAUUUUAUUUUUUUUUAAGCCUGUAGACAGAGGCCACCAAUUCAAAACCAGCACAGAAGUUCUGAACUGAUAGGAGUGGCUUUUUAGCCUAAGUUACUUUUGCUAUAACAAAUACAGUGGAAUAACAAUGUUUACAGGUACCUAUCCUGAUCCCUGUGCAAUGUAGCAUUUUUUUUUUUUUCUUAUAAAGGCAGGGAUAGGCUUCUUUAAUUUAAACUGCACAAACACACAAGGAUGUUUUUUAAAUGGAACUUUCUCUCAUGUGAUACUAAACUAGAGCACUUCAGUUUACAAAGCAGCAAGUUCAUCUUGGUGGAAGCUAGCACAAGGAACUUAUCAUGAGUAAAGUAUGAAGACCUACACUUGGAUGCUGUUGCAAAAUUACAGGCCAUGGCUACCCUACACAAGUAAUUAUACUGCCAGGAGUGUCUGUGUACUUUAAACUUACUGGCUUAAACAGAGAAUGUGUUUUAGGCUGUUGUUUUCUGGUGUGUUUUGUCCACAACUUGAAUAGUGUAAUUGUAUAACUUUCCUGAGGCAGCUGAUGUUACAUAAUGCUACAGUCUGCACAGUUGAGGAUUUACCACUGAGCAGUCUAUAUUUUGGAAGACAAAUUAUUUGGAGCACUGCAGUUCAAAGUGUUAGAGGGACUGUCUAGUUUAUGUAGAAGUAGUAGAACCUUGAAGUGUAUAUUUAAAAGCCUUUCUUUAGCGUGGAUUUCAUUUGUUUGUUUUGGCAAGGUCAUGGGCUGAAAAAAGGCACUUUGCUACUUUGCUCAAAUAGGAAAGGAUGAGGAAAAAACAGCUAUUUUACUUCAGUAAUUUUUUGUUUUCAUCAUGGAGUGUGAUUCACCAUCCAGAAAGUUUGUCUUGCAGCAGCUUCUUCUAAUUCUUGAGGUGGAGUUGAAUCAAACCAAGUGAGAUAUUUUGUAGCAUAAAACAUGCAGUUUUAAUGAAGCUCAGAACCUUAUUUCAGUAAGAUGGCCGCUUUUCCUCAUGUUACAAAUUUAAUUGCCACUAACUUGUUUUCAUUAUUCAAGUGGUUAAGUUUGCCUUGUUGAUAUUUGUAAUAGUUGCUUCAAGGUCACGCUGAGUAACUAGAAAGUAGUGACUUUAAUAUUUGAAAGGGAAGAGGGUAUUUAUUAUGCAUACUGUGAACUGCAUUGACAUCCGGAAUUUUGGAUGCAGAGUAUGGAGUUUUCUUUACAGCACUGUAAUGAAGAUUGCUUUGAAGUGUUUACACAAUAGCACAUUUACCAUAUUAAAAACAAAUUAGUUUAGCACAGUGGACAAAAGUAUAGAAAAUGUUGUAAUCCGUUUUUAACUGACACAUCUGAAGUAUGUAAUUCAGGUAAGUACACAGUAAAUAAUAGGUAGCCCGGGCCCUGUGUUGUACUCUGACAUUUUUUAGCCAAGUUGUCAGCCUCUUGUUGCUGUGUUUUGUGCUGACCCUUGUAUCUUGUUUCUUUCUGUUGAUGAAUCAACACAUUUUAUGUAAUUUUGUAAAGUAUUGCCCAUAAUCCUUCGUUGUUACACAUUCAAGUUUUAUGUAUGGGUUUACACUGAGUGGCUGGUGUGUAUAAAAAUCAUUAUAAGAGAGAUGACUGAAUGCUUAUACCAGUUGCACUUAAAUGAACAUGCCCAUUCUCAUUAGCUGAUGCAGUAAUAUAUUCAGUUUAUCUAUGCAUUGCUGGGAUCUUAAUGUAGACAGAGACUUGUCUAAGGUAUGGAUUGUCAGCAAGUUGAAUGGACACUUUAGUUAUUUAAAUAAAGACUUUUGACCAAAAUUCAGAAAAUGGUAUGAGAGAAAAAUGAAUUCCAGCUAGUCUGAUAGGUUUUUAAAUGCUGAUCUUUUUUAGCCUGUUGGCUAGCUAGCUGGUAUCGUUUACUUUUAAUUCCUUGUUAAAAUGAGGCAAUAAUUUGCAAGAGUUUGUAAAUAUGUAAAUUCUUCAUAUCUUUUUAGAUAUCUAUUUCAAUAUUUUCUGACUACUUCUGUGUAUAGGAACAUUUUUGUGCAUGCUUGAUGUGACAUUCAUAAAUUUGUACCACUAUGAUUUUAUCCAUGUAAAAUAGCUAUUUAUUGAAAUUUUCUUCUAAAAGCUGGACUUACUUAUUUUUCUCUCAGUUUAAACAUUUAAAUGGAGAACUUGUUACUGUUUAUUAAAAGAAUUGUGUUUUGGAAGUCAGCACAAAGAUAACUGAAUUGCAAACAUAGAAAGAAAUUGUGUUGCCUUGGUUCUUGGAUGGUGUAGCACAAUUCCUAUAACAAACUGUGAUAAAUUCUUUGUCCUCUGCCACACUUUUUCUUCAUACAAACAAACCAAAAAUCCAUAAUGGGCAAUUGCAGUGUUGGUAAAUGUAUCCUUUUUACAUACAGGGAGUCUGACAAGGAUAGCUGAUUCAUUUAGAAGUGUAACUGGUGCUGUGAUUAUAGCAAUACCUUUACUUUUGUUACUCAUGCAUCAUCUUCUCAUGAUAGAUUUUUAAAUGUUUAGUUUUUCUCUUGUCAUGGUCAAACUGCUGAAUUUACUUGAAGGAUGUACAAUACUGUCUGAAGAAUACUAAAUUGUGUACAAUUAGGUCAAUGAAUUGUGCAAUUGUUUUGUUUUUAAUUUUUAAAGCCAAGGGUCAAAAAUGUAUGAGAAAUUCAGAUUCAGUAGAACAUAACGAUACUACGUAAUUUAACCAAAGUCUCUAGAGAAUACCUUAACUUUGAAUGUAAACUAAUGGAUCAACUGACCAACGGGGUCACUGCUUGCCCGGCAUCACAAGCACAUUGCCUACAGAUGGGGAAACUAAAUACAGUAUAAUUUAUAAAAUAAUUACCAGGUUACUAUUUUUUUUUCUUUCAUUCUUAUUUUUCACUGAAAAAAGGAAAAUGCUAUCAGUUGUAAAAUACAGUAUGGUCAUAGUCCUCUUAAUAAAGCAGAGAUCCCAGUUAUUCUCAAAAUGAGUACCCUGUGCAUAACAGUAAACUUAGUGACAAUCGGAACAUGCUGUAGUAUCAGUCAGAUGUUCAAGAGGAAGUCGCUAUCGUUGCAUUGGUUUUAAUAUUUGUACAUAAACACUGAUUUUUUUUAGCAUUAUUUUGUAUUUGUUGUAUUUUAAUACCUGGUGUACAGUUCCAGAAAUAAAUGUCUGGAAACCUUU